CUCCUUGCCUUGCUCGGAUUCGCGGGCUUCACGAUACUCCUACUCGGCGCAUACCGAGAGCCCCCGGGCUAUCCGGCGCCUAUAAAGCAAACAAAACAAGGGACAUCAGGAGGAGGGUCUAGUGGAGCGCUGCUGACAGGGCAUGCGAUUGCGCCAAAGCUGGGGAACGCAACGGCAAAAGCUGAACUCGGUCGCGCAGCAUGGAAGCUGCUUCACACGACGUUCGCACGCUUCCCCGAGCAGCCUACGCCAGACGAGAAGGAAGCCUUGCGGUCAUUCGUUCACCUGUUCCAGCGCUUAUACCCUUGCGGAGAGUGUGCUGAACACUUCGGAGCAGUGUUAGCCAAGUAUCCUCCUCAGGUAUCGUCGCGGUCUGCAGCUGCAAUGUGGGGCUGCAUGGUACACAACAUUGUCAACAAGCGACUGCACAAGCCCGAGUUCAACUGCGAGAACAUCGGGGAUGCUUACGACUGCGGUUGCGGAGACGAAGACCCGAAA